AAACACUCCCUGCUGAGAAGCUGCCUAUCCUGCUGACUAAUGUUAUGUGGACUGAUAUUGUCUUCUGGUUUGCUUGGACUCCUUUGCUAGUCUGCCUGUCUCCAUCUGUUGUCUCUUGUUUUAUACUUAGAUUGUAAAGUCCUUGGGUCUGCUGGGCUGUCUUUGUUCUGUGUUGUACAUCAGUUAGUGCCGUGAGGUGCUGUGAGAAUACAAGCAGUACUCCUGGGGAAAUUUUGUGCCAAAAAUUAAAAAUUCUGCUCACAAUAUUUUAAAACUCUGCAAGUUUUAUUUGUCAAUAAAUAAAUGCAGAGGCUCUGGCAUGGCACUGGGAAGCACAGUCCACUGUUUGCUGAAGGUGGGAGAUCACUCAGCAGCCCUUCCCCCCCUCCCCCCCUCCCUCAACUCCUGGGACACGGACUCAAAGAUGUUAAGGGUAAUCUGUGUGAGGACCACUGUAUAUUGCAGCAUUCUAAUAGAAUCUGUGUCAUCACGCUGGCAGAAGCUCAUCCUCUUCUUCAAAAUGGGAAAACAAUUAAGAGUAUUAAUUACCAAAUCAGUGCCAACUGCAGUAGACUUCAAAAUAAGGUCUCCGGAAAGUCAAAGCGGGGUGCUCAGUUUCUAACAGAACUUGCCCCUCUGUGCAGGAUAUCUUGUUCAGAUGGAGAAGAAUAUACUAUAUAUAGUUGUAUAAGAGGGCGGUUGAUGGAAGUUAAUGAAAACAUUCUGGAUAAUCCAACUAUUCUGCAAGAAAAGGUAGAACGCUAAGGUGCAUCUGAGGUCGAGGGAAUGAAGUCGCCUCUCCUCAUCAGAAGCACGGGGUUUCAGGAAUAAAAUAGGUAAGUGGAUAGUCUGGUUGAUGUGGAUUUCAGAAAUACCCUGAAGAAAAAUUUAGGAUGUAGGUGAAGGGAGAAAAACAGCAUACAGUAGGUCUGCCAGGAGGGCUCCCAUCUCACUCACCCUUCUGGUUGAGGAAACAGCAACUAGAAACAUGACUUUCAUGGACAGGUGCAACAUGGAGCAUGUUACCAUAUGUUCAAAUGGUGGCCUGGUGAGUGCUAAUAGGAUGAGGUUGAGGUCACAUUCAGGUGUAAGUUUUACAACUGACAGAGAAAGGUCCUGACUAGGCUUUUAAUAAACCUCACUGUCAGGAAGGCACUGACGGCUGCAAGAUGGGCCAAUGGAAGGACUUGAGUUUUUUAAAAACAGGAAAUAAUCUUAAACAACUAAGAUAUUUGCAGAAGUUGGAGGCGGUGGUUUAUUCUGAGCCUAGGUAGAGAAGCGUCUCCUUUUAGCUAAGUAGCAGGUUCUAAGUCUUUCCUACUUUAAGUAAAAAUAGCUUGGCCUGGUGCUGAGCAAGAGUGUUCUCAUUCUGAUGCCCAUCCAAAACACUAAGCCAUGAGGUUGAGAGGGUAUGGAUUGGGGUGGCUGAUUCUGCCCCCUUCCAGAAUAAGGAAGAGGCAAAUCCCAAAAGGAUGGUGGCUUGACAUUCUCAGGAGCUACCGGAACCAAAAGUAUCUGGGCCAGCUGGGCAUGAGAAGAAUGACUCUGGCCCUGUCCUAGAAUCAUAGAAUAUCAGGGUUGGAAGGGACCUCAGGAGGUCAUCUAGUCCAACCCCCUGCUCAAAGCAGGACCAAUCCCCAGAUAGAUUUUUGCCCCUAAGCCCUAAAUGACCCUCUCAAGGAUUGAACUCACAACUCUGGGUUUA